GGUCAUCCGCAUUCACUCUGGUUGUAGAAAGUCGGGAGUCAACCACAAAAUGAAUGUCUUUUUUUUCCUGUUCCUAGGAGCUGCAGCUGCAGUCCCUCUGGAUGACAAGAUUGUGGGAGGCUACCAGUGUGAAGCCCACUCUCAGCCCUGGCAGGUGUCCCUCAACAUUGGCUAUCACUUCUGCGGGGGCUCGCUCAUUAAUGACCAGUGGAUCAUCUCUGCUGCCCAUUGCUGGCAAAGCCCCUUUUCGCAGGUGGCUAUCUUGGGCGACAACCACAUCUGGAUGCAUGAAGGAACCGAGCAGUACAUGGCCGUCGAUGCCAUCUAUUGGCACCAGAGCUACGAUUACGAGACCCUCGACUAUGACAUCAUGCUGAUGAAACUGGCACACCCAGUGUCUGUCAACGAGCACGUGAAGCCCGUUGCUCUGCCCAAAGCAUGCCCCACACCUGGUGACAUGUGCGUCGUUUCUGGAUGGGGGAACAUCUACACUGAUCAAGUGUUCAACCCGUUUUACCUCCAGUGCGUGGAAGUCCCCAUCCUGUCCAACAAGGAGUGUGAUGCCUCCUACCCUGGCAAGAUCACUGAGCGCAUGGUGUGCGCAGGAUACCUGGAGGGAGGCAAAGAUGCUUGUCAGGGUGACUCGGGCGGCCCCCUGGUGUGUAACGGGGAGCUGCAGGGGAUUGUGUCCUGGGGUUAUGGCUGCGCUCAGCCUGACUAUCCUGGCGUUUACACCAAAGUCUGCGCUCUCAUGCCCUGGAUCAACGAGAUUCUUUCCACAUACAGUUAUUCAGUCCCAGUGGGUCCCAGCAGGCGGGUCGUCAAUUCGCUGCGGCGGUUGCCGCUCAUGAAGUCCCAGCAGCGGGUGUUUCGGUGGUCGGAGGACAGGCAGGAGAUCAGAACCGUGAGAGCAAACGUCAGCAGGAUGAGCCGUAGAGCGAAGCCGAAGUCGGGGACGUGGUCGAAGCCAGAAACCUUGCACAUGACACCCACAGGAGCGCAUCUGGUGGGCAGAGCCACGGGUUGCACGUACUUGUUGAAGGUGGCGGGCCUGCUCAGCUUCAUCAGCAUGAUGUCAUUGUCAAUGACGCAGUUCAACGCCGCUCCUGACAAUAUACAACAAAACGACACGGUGCGAAGACACAGAGAGAGAGGACAUAAAAAGGUCAACGCAGAGCUCAGACCUACCUUCCUAUAUAAACCAGGGCUGCAGGUGAAGUUCUCUCAUCAACAAGAUCACUCAGCAACCAUGAGGUCUCUGGUGUUUGUUCUGCUCAUUGGAGCUGCUUUUGCCUUGGAGGACGACAAGAUCGUCGGAGGGUAUGAGUGCACACCCUACUCUCAGCCCCAUCAGGUGUCUCUGAACUCCGGCUACCACUUCUGCGGUGGCUCCCUGGUCAACGAGAACUGGGUCGUGUCCGCUGCUCACUGCUACAAGUCCCGUAUUGAAGUGCGUCUGGGAGAGCACCACAUCAGCAUCAGCGAGGGAAGUGAGCAGUUCAUCAGCUCCUCCAGCGUCAUCCGCCAUCCCGGCUACAAUGCCUACACCAUCGACAACGACAUCAUGCUGAUCAAGCUCAGCAAGCCCGCCACCCUCAACCAGUACGUGCAGCCUGUGGCUCUGCCCAGUAGCUGCGCUCCUGCUGGCACCAUGUGCAAAGUCUCCGGCUGGGGCAACACCAUGAGCUCCACUGCUGACAGGAACAAGCUGCAGUGCCUGGACAUCCCCAUCCUGUCCGACAGGGACUGUGAUAACUCCUACCCUGGAAUGAUCACCGAUUCCAUGUUCUGUGCCGGAUACCUGGAGGGAGGCAAGGACUCCUGCCAGGGUGAUUCUGGUGGCCCUGUUGUGUGCAACGGUGAGCUGCAGGGUGUUGUUUCCUGGGGAUACGGAUGUGCUGAGAGAGACCAUCCCGGUGUCUACGCCAAGGUCUGCCUCUUCAACCAGUGGCUGCAGAACACCAUGGCCAGCUAUUAAACUGGAUCCUUCUAUAGUCAUCUAACACUGCUGCGUUUCCACCGUCAUUCUCAACACUGUGUGGAUAGUUUGACAUCAAUAAAUAAAUCA